UUGUUGAGAUCGUUCAAAAAGCUAUCUACUAUUCCUUCUAAAGAUGGAGUACGGCCUAUAUUGGUGCUGCUGAGUCCCUCAAGUGGUGCAAUGAAAAGACUCCUCAGUAUUUGUGAGACUUAUGCAGUGACUCAUGGACUUAGAUACAAUCCAACGAAAAGUGAGUUUAUGAUAUUUAAACCGGAUCACAAGCGGUAUAAUGAUAUACCACAUAUCACACUGUGCGGUACACCACUUACAAAGGUUGGCCGUUUUAAGUACUUGGGUCACUGGAUAACUGAGGAUUUGAAUGAUAAUCUGGAUAUAGAGAGAGAACGGAGGUCGCUGUCUGUUCGCUGCAAUAUGUUGAUCCGCAGAUUUGCAAAGUGUUCCAAACGAGUAAAAACUACGCUCUUUAACGCAUAUUGUCAAUCUUUUUAUGCGUGCAGUCUGUGGGUAAACUAUACUCGGAGGGCAUACAGUGACUUACGUGUGCAAUACAACAAUGCGUUCAGGAUGUUGAUGGGGCUGCCGCGAUACUGCAGCGCCUCUGCUAUGUUCGCAGAGACUCACACAGAUGGUUUUGCUUCCAUCAUGCGCAAACGCUGCGCGUCCUUACUUCGACGAGUACGGGACAGUCCCAACACGAUCCUGCACGCAUUGUUAGAUCGCUGGGAUUCGCCAAUCUUGGCACAUUGGAUACGGCUCCAUGUAGUCAAAUAA